AUGGCUACAGCUCUUGAGAAAAUAAGCAACCAUCUAGAGUGUGACAUUUGUCAGGAGAAAUACAAACGGCCCAAGGUGCUGGACUGCCAACACAGUUUUUGCGAGACAUGUCUGGAGAAAUACUACACUACCAGGUAUGCAGGUCAGCCUAAGAUUCCUUGCCCUGUAUGUAGACGGGAGAUGAUACUUCCAGAGACAUGCAUUCAAGGCCUGAAAACAAAUUUCCAUUUGAUGGGAAUAGUUGAGGAGGUCUCACUCCAAGAAAAGGUGGCUUGUUCAGAAAACACAAAGGUCAUCUGUGAGAUUUGUGAUGAGGGAAAUGAGGCCAUGCAUCGUUGUCUGGACUGUGCACAGAAUAUCUGCCCAAACUGUCGCAAGACACACUUGCGAUUUGCUGCUACAUCAAACCACACAGUGGCUUCUUUGGAGGACAUUCGUCAGGGGAAGGUAACAGUGAAAAAAACACCAGAAGAAGAUGAGUCUAAAUGCCAAAGACACAAGGGGGAAGUGAAACGGUUUUACUGUGAGACAUGUGAAGAGUUAAUCUGCCGAGAUUGUACUGUAGUAGACCACUGUAAACCGGAACAUCACUACAUUGACUCUAGAAAGGCUUCUCUCAAAUACAAACAGUCACUGAAAGAUAUGUUUCCAGACUUCACCACAGACAUCAAAAGACUUGAACAAUCUUUGACCACUUCAUCACAAGCUAAGCAGAAGUUCACACAGAACGUCACAAAGACUGUGAAAGCUGUGAAAGACAAAGCGGAUAAAAUGAGAGCUGAGAUAACAACUCAAGAGACAAAGAUGAUUGAAGAAAUCAAACAACUCCAGCAGCAUCGCAACAAAAUAUAUGAUAAGCAUCAGGAAACAGUGACAAUGAUGCUACAAAGUAAACAACAUUCCUUCAGUACAGCUCAGAAUGUCAUAAACACUGCAUCGGACACUGAUUUGCUUUCCCUCUAUCCUAUCAUCAGCAAAGACUUGAAAUCACUCAACAGUCAAAAUCCUCCCCAGAUUAAUCCCAAGCUUUCAUAUCUGAGCUUCACCCCGGGUCAGAGGAUUGGUGACAUCAAUCUGGGCAAGCUUGAGACAGUCAAGUGGGAGAUGUGUGGCGAGUUUAGUCAAUGGGGAAGUGGUCCAGGACAGUUCCAAUGGGCUUUUGGUAUUACUGCUACUCAACCUGGUGAAAUUGCUGUGGCAGACUCUGGAAACAACCAAGUGGUCAUCUGCAGCAAUGAGGGACAACACAAGGGAACCAUUCAACUAAAAUCAUUUGACGCUGCCUUUGGGCUGAACCCACAACUUGGACCAGGUGCUGAAGACCACAACCACUUUGUGAGGAAAUGGAAGGUGCAAAUGGAAGAGGCCUACUCCAUUGCAGCUCAGCAUGCAGCCAAGUCUACUGAAAGAGGUAGAAAAUACCAUGACCAGAAGGCUCGCAGCUCUGUUCUUCAACCUGGAGACCAAGUACUCGUCGGACGACACCAAGGUCCAGGAAAGCUCCGUUCGUACUGGGAAGACCAGGUGUAUGUUGUUGUCCAAAGGAAGGGAGAAGACUGUGAACGGCAAGUCUAA